GUUCUCAGUCUAAACACUCUCCUCUCUCCUCCCUAAACCCACUGCUGCUGGUGGAGCACAUGACCUCGGACACACCGUUUCUACUGGUUUCCACUGCCCACUGGUCUCUACCGGUAUCUACUGCCCACUGGUCUCUACUGGUAUCUACUGCCCACUGGUCUCUACUUGUCUGCUGAUCUAUUGGUUUCCACUGGUCUGGACGGGUCUUUGAUGGACUCUGCUGGUCUCCACUGUCUCUAGUGGUCUCCACUGUCUCUAGUGAUCUGGGCUGGUUUGUACUGGUCUCUGCUGGUCUGUACUAGUCUCUGUUCGUCUGGGCUGGUUUGUACUGAUUUCUGCUGGUCUGUACUGGUAGCGAGAUGGCGAACUGCAGGACCUACAUGAGAGGACUGGUGAUCAGCUUCAACCUGCUGCUGCUGCUGUUUGGGAUUCUGAUGAUCGUUGUGGGAUUCUCAUCGGGCUACGGCAACAAACACCUCAUCUUGAUACAGCUGGAUGAGUACUCCAGUACCCAGAGCCUGCUGGUUCUUAGGGGUUUCGGACCGGUUACCGUGGUGAUCGCCAUCCUGGGACUCAGCGCCUCGGCGACACGGACCAGGACCCUACUACUGGUGUACUCUGCCCUGGUCUUCGUGGUGUUCCUGGCCCUCAUGAUCGUGUCAGCUCCUCUCAUCCAGGUCCAGACCCAGAUCGAGCGGGGGAUGGAGGAGUUGUUCUUGAACGUUACUCCUCUCUACAGAGCGGAGGCGGAGCUCCAGCGGCCCCUGGAGGAACUGCAGCUGACGGACUCCUGCUGUGGUCUGAAGAGGGCUUCUGAUUGGAAGGAUCAGAUUCCUCCUUCCUGUUUCUGUUCCCCUCCUUACCCCUCGUCUCCCCCCUACACCCACAUGAGCUCCUCCUCUCGUCCUCUAGGCAACAGUACAGUUCUGGCUCCUUGUGUGUCCGUCAGAAGGUCACAAGCCCCCGUGACCCCCCGUGACCCCGUGACCCCCCGUGACCCUGUGACCCCCCGUGACCCUGUGACCUCCCGGUACAAUGUCACCUCUGCAACUUCAGAGGAGCUGUGGGUCCACUCCAAGCCCUGCGGUCCGAUCCUGAAGAGUCACCUGACCUUCCUCAUCAGAGUCAGCAUAGGAGUCAUAUCUGCCUUCACCACUGUUCUGAUGGCUGCUAUGCUCCUGUCUCUAGCUCUGGCUCUGGAGAGGUUCUGGACUCACUGGAAAACACCGGUGGUGGAGACCACCGUGGACGACUUCAACAGAGUCAAAUACCAGCCUCAACCCUCCCUAACCUGACCCUUGACCCCUGACCUCUCAGCCUCAACCCUCCCUCACCUGACCCUUGACCCCUGUCCUCACAGCCUCAACCCUCCCUCACCUGACCACUGACCCCUGACCUCUCAGCCUCAACCCUCCCUCAAAUGACCCCAGACCUCUUAGCCUCAACCCUCCCUUACCCGACCCCUGACCUCUCAGCCUCAACCCUCCCUCACUUGACCCCUGACCCUUGAACUCUCAGCCUCACUCCUCCCUCCCCUGACCCACCUUCACCAUGUUAAACCCUACUUCCGUCUGGUGUGUUUCCUGCUGCUGUUUUGCGGUCGACAGGAAACAAAGCUCUGUGUUUGUCUCUGAUUUGGGGCCUGUCAGCAAUAAAAUAACC